AUGUCUCUGGAUCAUGUCGAUUGGCCGCACGCUACAUUCUCUACACCGGUGAAGCGUAUCUUUGAUACGCAAACAACACUGGACUUCCAAUCCUCGCUGGCCAUCCACAGGAUCAAGUACCACCUGCACAAGUACACCACCUUGAUGUCGCAUUGCGCAGACCCUGAUCCGCAGGCUGUUGCGUCGUCGAUUCCCAUGGACAACGGGCUAAUGCAAGUUUUGGACAAGCUCGCCCACCUUAUCGAUGAGACACCGCCGCUUCCUGGCCCCAGAAGAUACGGUAACCUCGCUUGUCGUGAGUGGCACCAUAAGCUGGAUGAACGUUUGCCGCAGUGGUUGCGGGAAAUGUUGCCCCCAGAGUACCAUGUGGUGGUGCCGGAACUACAGUAUUACUUGGGCAACAGCUUCGGUUCAUCGACAAGGUUGGACUACGGCACGGGCCAUGAACUUUCAUUCAUGGCCACUGUCACAGCACUGGACCUACUCGGUAUGUUCCCGCAUUUGAGGGGCACCGAUGUGUUCUUGCUGUUCAACAAGUAUUAUACGAUCAUGAGGAGAUUGAUCUUGACGUAUACGCUGGAACCAGCUGGGUCGCAUGGCGUGUGGGGGCUUGACGACCAUUUCCAUCUGGUAUACAUCUUGGGUUCGUCCCAAUGGCAGCUACUUGAUGCACAAGCUCCCUUGCAACCAAGAGAAAUACUGGAUAAGUCGCUGGUCCGCGAGUAUAAGAACACGAACUUCUACUGUCAAGGAAUAAACUUCAUUAAUGAGGUGAAAAUGGGGCCCUUUGAAGAGCAUUCGCCCAUCCUCUAUGAUAUCGCCGUCACCGUACCACGCUGGUCUAAGGUGUGUAAGGGCCUUCUGAAAAUGUAUUCUGUAGAGGUUCUGAAGAAGUUCCCCGUUGUGCAACAUUUCUGGUUCGGUACAGGCUUCUUUCCCUGGGUCAAUAUCCAAAAUGGAACUAACCUGCCCGUUUUCGAAGAAAAGGAGGAAGAGACCAUAGAACAAGCCAAUGCGGGGCCGCCAGGCCCAGAGCACACCUCAACACGAUUCCCAGCGUCCAUGUCGAUGCCUCCUCCGAUUACUCCGCUGUCUGGUAGCAAUAUCAACUAUCUACUAAGCCACCAGAAUCAUUCUCAGAGGAACCAGCCGUCCUCUCCAAGAGAUAGACUACGUAGAUAA